ACAGUUGCAAAUCCUAGGGCAAAAAGUGAGUGCGCUGAUAAACCGGAAUGUUGCUUACAGAAGUCUUACAGCAAGUCUAAAAAGUCUUACAGCAAGUCUAAAAAGUAAACUUGUAAGUAAAUCAAAUGAACUGCCUCACAAGCCAACCGAUAAUAUGAAGUUGUGGUUUGCGCUAAGUCAGAGAUGACUGGAAAAGCCAAAGACAGGGAUGUGUGUGGACUUCAAAGUUCUGUACCCUGCACACGAGUAUUCCUCCAUAUCCUUAACUGUUUUCUUUUGUUGCUGCUCCAGAAAGAGGUACUUGGCUGUCCAUCCGUCUGCCAGCUCUGCACUGGGAAACAAGUUAACUGUCGUAACUUAGGUCUUUCAAGCAUUCCAAAGAACUUUCCAAAAAGUACAGUACUUGUAUACCUCAGUGGAAAUAAUAUAUCGCAUGUAAUUCCAAAUGAAUUAACAGGCCUUCAGAAGCUUGCUGUGCUCUAUUUGGAUAAUUCCAGCAUUUCAUAUGUGCAUCCAAAGGCUUUUGUUGAACUUAGUGAACUGUGCUACUUACAUCUAAAUAAUAAUCACAUAAAACGUUUGGAUCCAGGAAUAUUUGAAGGGCUUUCAGAUCUUCAUUGUUUAUACCUUCAGAAUAAUCAAAUAUCUUUUGUUCCUAGAGGAUUAUUUAGUGGUCUUAUUUCAGUUCGAUACUUAACGCUUAAAAGAAAUCGCCUCAGUAUCCUUGGAAGUGGCACUUUCUUGGGAAUGAUUAGUCUUCAAACGCUUAACCUAGCCAACAAUAAGAUUUCACGGAUAUCAGAUACAGCAUUUCAUCACCUUGGAAACCUUGUGUAUUUGUACCUUGAAGGUAAUAAUUUAACACACGUGCCAUCAAAGGCCAUUGGAAUACUUAAAAAUCUAGAAAGACUUUUCUUGUCUCACAACCCUGUGGGGUCAAUACAUCCGUUUGCAUUUAAAGGACUUGUCAGGCUUGAAUAUCUAUCUUUAAAAAGUGCAAAAAUAAAAAGCAUUGUCAUGAAUGGAUUUGCUGGAUUAGAUAACCUUAAAAAGUUAAUUUUAAGCCAUAAUGAUUUAGAACAUGUAAAUUCCAACACUUUUACUUUGUUGCAUAAUUUAAUGUACCUGCAACUAGACAAGAAUAAAAUAGUUAGUAUUGGUGAUAAUACAUUUGAAAAAAUGGGAUCUUCUUUGAAGAUUCUAAAUCUAGCAUCUAAUAACCUUACCUAUUUGCAGCCGAAAGUGCUCAAGCCUUUGGUUUCAUUAACUCAUCUACAGGCAAAUAACAACCCUUGGAACUGUAGCUGCACACUGCUUGGGCUACGUAAUUGGCUAGCAUCCUCGUCAAUCUCUGUCAAAAUCCAUUGUCAAAAUCCCUCAAGAUUGCGUGGUAGACCUUUGCAUUAUGUUAAAUGGACCGAAUUUACAAAUUGUGCUAUCACUACCACUAAUCCAGAAACCUCCUGGAGUGUAGCAUCUGUAGGUAUCCAUCAUAGCACCACCACUUUAGUGAUGGCAUGGCAUAUGGUAACCAAAUAUGAUACACUUGUACAUUUGGAAAAUGCUGGAACUAAACAUGUUACUUUCUGGGGAAGAGCUCCAACCACAUCUGCCAGUCAAUUUCUUUAUGAAGAAUAUGCUGCUGGGAAUCCAUCAGAAGCAACAACAGUGUUAUCAGUAUUACCAGUGCAAACAGCUGCACAGAUUGUGCCAGUUAACUUGACCAUGGAACAGAAAAGUGUAUUUCCUCCAGAUGCUGCAUCUGUAUCCUUAAAAACAUCUCUAAUCUGUACACAGCAGAUGGAGAAACUGAAUCAGGCAUUUGACAUUUUAUUAGCCUUUUUCAUUUUGGCUUGUGCUGUGAUCCUUUUUCUAAUCUAUAAAAUCGUCCAGUUUAGACAGAAGCUGAAGAUGCUGGGAGACUCAGUGGAAAAAGGAAUAGAGUACUGCAGUUUUUACGAGGCUGGUAGAUACAAUGUAACUGACCCAGUUCAGGCCCUACCUCAAAAUCCAGUGAGAAGUUCAGAAUUGGACCAAAUUAGGCUUAUCAAACGAACAAUGCCUGAAAGUCAGGCACAAGUCAUCUUGUUUGAACAUUCGGUAUUGUAACUUACUCAGCUAGACUUUUGAUGUUGAAUCUAUUAUGGUUUGAAAUGUCAAGAAAUCAAGUGUAUUAAAUUCUCUUAAAAAUAGUUGAAAUUUCUCUGUUCAGUUAACUGAUUGAUGGCUUUGUAGAAAAUGCUAUGAUUUGGAACUGAUAUCAUGAUUCUUACUCCAAAUGUCACAAAAUUUCUUAUCUUUUAAUAGCUAUAUGGUCAUUUGAAUCUUAAAUCUGUGUCAUGGACAAAUCUCAUUCUACUCUGUCCCCAUAUGAGGGAAUCCUUCAUUCAUAACUCCUGUAGCUAAAAAUGAGUGUUCACCCUGUGUGAGAAGCUAAAACUAUGCUUUUAAAAGGUUUUGUUCUUUUCAAAUAUUUAUUAUUUUUAAUAGAAGCAACAUAAAAUAGCUUGUAAAUGAGUAAGCAAAACUGAUGGUGAUUGUUGUUGUCAGCAUCAUGAAACUGAAAUAUUUGUGUGAGAAAAUGGUUCUCUUAGGAAGAUAGUCUCUUAAUAUGUGACUAGUAAUUCAAAAUGACUAUCUGAAAUGGAGCAGAAAACAAAAGGGAUGAGCAUUCCUUUUCAUUUAACUUGGAUUAGAUUAAAUCUUCUGAGAAACAGGCAAAAUAAACUAUACAUCAUUUGUAUUUAAAUACAAAAUAUACGUUGCUAAUAUUCGGAGUAAUUGUUACAGUGUGUAUAGUAUGUAUAUUAAAACAAUAUAUACAGUAUAAUUAAUUAUCCAAAUUCUCUAUCCAAAAAUCAUAGUUAUCCGAAUCCACAGUAUGUCCCCCUAUGUUAGUUAAUAACAUUUCUAUUUAUCCAAAUGCCCAGUUAUCCAAAAGUUUUGGCUGUCCCCCAGGCAUAGGCAGCAGGUGGCUAAGACUAGAGGGUGCUCGGCCUCCCUAAAUCUAUCUCUGCCUCUGUGGUAUAGUCACGAGUGGGUUGGGUGGGUCUUAGCACCCAGGCUCACCCAAAUCUGAGCACCAGCCACAGUUCUUAAAGUGAUGGCAGUUAUGGAGGGGUCUCAGCCCUAGAUUUUUUAUUUUAUUUUUUUAAGAUUGAGCCAGGUUGCCAAGGGGCAUAGUCUUCUAGUAGAAAUGCUGCCACCUCAUAUCAUUCUACACAUCUCUGCUUCCCGAUCAACACAGGCUCUGAUUGUUUGGAAGCUGAAAGCCAAUCAAGUUUUGGCCAGGGUGCCCACCCAGCAAUGGAUGAGGGCAGGGCCUCCAGCAAUAGGAAAGGAGGUAACCUAAGCUGGGUGGCAUUGGCUAGAGAUGGAGCUUGUAUUGAUGGGGAACGGAACAAAGUCUGGGACUGGCAGCACGAGCCUGUUUACCAGGUCUCAAGACCACUCCUUGGUGCAACCACUUCUCUCACACUCAUGCAAAAGAGGGACUCUGCCCCUUAGUACCUAGCUCUGGUUACUCCUUUCCCAUGGGCUCCCAUCUCCCAUAGCUAAUCUGAUUGUAGCCAACAUCUGCCACCCACCCAGGGCCAUGGAUGGGUUGAGGCACGCUUCAGCUAAUGGGGAAGCAGUAACCAGAGCUGUAUAGUGGAAUGGUAGAACCACUACCCUGUUGUCAUAAUGGAGCGGUGGCCAGGCCAUGUUUGAGUGGCAUUGUGACCUGGCACGCAGGGUCUUACCACUUCCUGCCUCUUCUCUGCUCCCACAUGGACACAAGCUGCACCCACAUAAGCUUACGUGUGGCUAUGCCCGUGGUCAUCCUCCCCUUCCCCCUGCGCCCCAAAUAUAUCACCAUCCUCCCAGGCCAUGUGGAUAAACAGAAGUGAACUGUAUAUUGUUUGUUCAUGUAUGUAUAUAUCUUCUCUCUGCAUAUCACACUAACUGGAAAAUAGGGUAUAUAGAGAAAUAAAUUUUCCUGUACAUUGAAAAAAGGACUUCAUAAUAUCCAGCAUCAGAGGCCUAGAUAAUUAUUGCUUAGUAGGAGGUAUUUUUUCAUCCCAAGGUUAAUAUUUUUUUUCCUAUAAACUUGUAAAUGCCAGUUUAUGUAUCAUUCAUCAUCCCAUUUAAGAUUUUUUUAAUUAAAAGCGCCUUAUUAUUAGAUAGCCUUGGCUGAGUGGUCCGUUUUGAAUCACAAGGUGAAAUGACUUUGUCUCAGCCAGUACCAGAGAUCUAACUCUUAAGAUCAGGAUUCAUCUUGAAUAAAUGUAAAUUAGUUUUUAAUUCGUACCUUGCAUCUGUUUUAGCUAUUUAUUUUUACUCAGCAUAUUGUUUGAUUAUGUCUGCUGGUAGCCUGGGGUGUGUUUUAAACUGUUUUAAUUUUCUUUUAUUUUGGGGCUAUAUUUAUUUGAUGUUUUCCUCCCCAAACAAU